AUGGAGGCUCUAGUUUGCAGAAAAUUGGAGGACCCAACAAUACCCAUUUCAGAAGGAGCAGAGAAAGCAAUAGAUAUAGAGAAGAGUUAUCUAAUGCGUGUAAAGAGAGGGAAUUAUGGAGGCCGAACGAGGUAUGAGGUUAUUGGUGUAGUGACAGAGGUAGGAAGCAAAGUAGAAAAAUUCAAAGUUGGAGACAAGGUAGGUGUUGGAUGCAUGGUGGGAUCUUGCCAAUCUUGUGAUAGUUGUGCCAAUAAUUUCGAGAAUUACUGCCCCGAACUGAUACUCACCUAUGGUGAAAAGUACCACGACGGAACCACAACAUAUGGAGGCUACUCCGACUUCAUGGUGGUCGAUGAGCACUUCAUAGUUCGUAUUCCGGACAACCUUCCCCUUGACGGUGCUGCUCCUCUCUUAUGUGCCGGGAUUACAACUUAUAGCCCCUUGAGAUAUUUUGAACUAGACAAACCCGGAAUGCAUGUGGGUGUGGUUGGCCUAGGUGGAGUAGGGCACUUGGCGGUGAAGUUUGCCAAGGCCAUGGGGGUGAAGGUUACAGUGAUCAGCACCUCCCCUAAUAAGGAGAAGGAAGCAAUUGAACAUCUUCAUGCCGAUUCGUUUAUAGUUAGCCAUGAUCAAGAUCAGAUGCAGGCUGCCAUGGGAACAAUGGAUGGUAUCAUUGACACGGUUUUUGCCGCCCAUCCUCUUUUGCCUUUAAUUGGUUUGUUAAAGUCCAAUGGAAAGCUUGUGAUGGUUACUGCACCAGAGAAAAAUAUUCAGAUUCCAGCUUUUUCUUUGCUCAUGGGCAGGAAGAUUGUAGCUGGGAGUCGGAUUGGAGGUAUGAAGGAAACACAAGAGAUGGUUGAUUUUGCAGUCAAGCACAACGUUACAGCUGACAUUGAGGUUAUCCCGGUUGAUUAUUUGAACGCUGCCAUGGAACGUCUUGCCAAAUCCGAUGUCAAAUAUCGAUUUGUAAUCGAUGUUGGAAACACACUAAAGUCAACAUUUUAA